AUGUCUUCAUCAUAUAGCAAAAAAUAUUCGUUUAAAAGUGCCUUAAAAAGUCGAUUAAUUAAAGAAUUUGAUUUUAAUACAUUUGAAAACAUUGCAGAAAUCAUAAGGGGAGGAUUUGGUACAGUUUAUCAUCCUUCAACGGAGACGUACUAUUUAGUAUUGCAAUAUGCUAAAGAUGGUGAUUUGAGGACUUAUUUACGAAAUAAUUUCAAAAGUAUUGAUUGGAAAAUUAAAUUUAAAUUGGCUAAAGAUAUUACAAGUGGUCUACGUUGUAUUCACAAAGAAAAUAUUGCUCAUAAAGAUUUACAUUUAAAGAACAUUUUAGUUCAUGAAGGAAGGUUAUUUAUAACAGAUUUAAGACUAUCUCAAUCAUCAGAUACCAAUUCAAAAUCUAUGGCUGGUGGAGUUAUUGCAUACACUGAUCUCAAAUAUUUACGAAAUCAAGUGGAAUUUAAAAGAAAUCAAGCUUCGGACAUUUAUAGUUUGGGGAUCCUUUUUUGGGAGUUAUCAAGUGGAAUACCUCCAUUUGAUAAUUUACCAAGUUUCGAAAUGUAUAGAAAGGUUACUUCUAAUGAAAGAGAAAAACCUAUUAAUGGAACUCCAAAAGAUUACAUCAAAAUAUAUUCAAAUGCAUGGAAAAAUGAUCCAAAACAAUGGCCAACUAUUAACUACAUUUUUGAUUCUCUCGAAAAUAUCAAAUUAGAAAAUAUAAGUAACGAAACUAAUGACAAUCAAGAUUUUCAAUUUGAAGCCCAUUUUGAUAAUCAAUCUCAAACCUCAAGUAAAGAUUUCGUAUCUAUUCCUCCUUCAUCAAAUUGGGGGGAAGUUACAGAUAUUGGAAAAGGGAUUUUAAGUGCAACAUUAAUGAAUGGAAAGAAAACAGUGGCUCUAAAAUCGAUAGUUUUUGCUAAUGCGGAUUUAUUUGUUAGCGAGCUUAAACAAUAUUCGCGUGCCAGUUCACAUGAAAAUAUAAUUGGAUUCUAUGGAAUUUCACAAAAAGGUUAA